AUGAGGAAAUCACGAUUCCAUGAAAUCGAUCCAGUCACCAAAUCAGCUGGUGCUGCUCUGCUAUGCAGCAUAUUGGCCCACUGCCUAUCCGACAGGCAAUCCGAGCUCUAUGCCUGCUCCGAAGCCCUGAGCUGGAUCGUGCUGCCCAUCUUGUGCACGACUGCGGGUGUGGGUUCCAGAAAUCGACGACCAGAUCUGCCUUUCGAUGGCAGCACCUCCAAAAAGCUAUCUGCAGCGGCGUCAUCAUUAUGGACAGUUGCUCUGAGCCUUGCUGCCUACUGGGUUUUCGCAGCAGAGAACGGCAUGUUUGUAUUCCUCCCCGCAUCAACUCCAUUACUUUUUGUAGCUCAGAAGUACCUUUGGUCCGACCUGGAGCUCCGUACUUCUUCACCCAGGUCUGCUCCUUACCUUUUCUACUUUCUUGCGAACACAUUUCGGGGCACGGCCUUCGCCGCUUCAUUUGCCAUUGUCACUCUCAAGUCAGACUGGCACUUCCAAGCAUGGGAUGUUUUGUCCAUUGUACCGCUUGCUUCUCUGCUAGUGAUCUACAUUACUCUCACGCCCAGGCCGAAGACGACUAAUAGGAGCUGCCGGUUUAUACCGGCUUUUGAUAUUGAAGAUGCCAUCCUGCCUCUUUCACUGCGCGUUACAUUCGUGUUUGCCAUUGUAAUCGGCCUGGAAUCUCUCGCAUUCGGUUUCCCUGUAUGCAGUAUCGCGUCCACGUUAGCUCUUGCCUUGGCCAAGGCUGCGUCUUGGUAUUUCGUGAUUCAGACAUCUCGACAAUCUUCCUGGCGCACCGUCGCCGCCAUGGAAACGUUUAGCCUCAUGUCCACACGCGAUCCCUUCACGCUCUUGUCGGAUGCUCGGGCUUUGUCGCACGUCAUGGCGUCUUUCCUGUCUCUCGGUCAGGUUAUCACAAUGCUUCCAAAGCAAGCGAAAGCCAAAUCAGCACUCUGGGUCCUUUCCCUCGUCUCUCUCGCACCAUACCUUGCCAACCUUCUUGCCAUCAAACUAGCAGGAUCUUCAUCGUCAUUGAUCCACCCUGAAGAGCAUCAUGUCCAAGUUCUCAUCCAAAACGCCAAGGCGGACUUCGAAACCUUGCUUCAAAAGCAAUCCAAAAGUUAUACCGCCGCUCACGACGAAUAUCAACGUCGAUAUGGUCUGGAACCGCCACCCGGCUUCGAAGCCUGGUAUGAGUUUGCAAGGUCGCAGCAGUCACCCAUCAUCGAUGAUUUUGAUGUCAUCUUCAAAGGUGUUUCACCAUUCUGGAGACUGAGUGGUAAAGAGGUUCUUGAAAUCAUGAGUCGCAUGCACGAUGCGCCGAACAGCGAGCUGUGGCUCUGCGAGUUUUCUGGCUACAAGGCCAAAACUCACUGUAGCCAUUCCUACCGCAGUUACGAUAGGCACAUCCAAUCCUUAUUGGACGGCCUAUUUGGGGGUUUCCACGGCCUUCUUCCCAACGUCAAGUUUCUGGUAAAUCACAUCGAUGAACCGAGGGUCCUGAUUCCCCCACCAUCAGGAGGAGACACCAAUAGCAAUGGACUGUAUACCCUAACCGAGAUGUCGAGACGACCCAUUUGGGAUACACUUACAAAGUUUUGCGACUCUCGCGAGGAGGGCAGGCCUGCUGAUCGGACAAGGCGCACGCAAGAAAUCUGUGCCCUGCCGUUCGUCAACGAUUCCUUGUCCGCCAUGGAUCUGUGCCAACAUCCCGAAUACAGCUCCAUGCACGGUCUCGCCAUGAGUCCUACGUCUUUUCGCCUAAUUGAAGGCUUAGUACCCGUUCUUUCAACUGGUUCACCCUCAACCAUGGGCGACAUACUGUAUCCCAGCCCCGCUUAUACGGAGGCUGAGUUUCAAUACACCGACGCGCACGACGUCGCUUGGGAUAAGAAGCGAAAUAAUCUACACUGGGCUGGUUCUACCACCGGUGGAUUUGCCUCGGACGACCAGUGGCGACACUUCCACCGACAAAGAUUCGUCGAGCUGGCGCAGAAUCUGGAAAAGCGACAGCAUUGUUACCUACGAGAAAGGGGCGGCGUCCUCAGCCAUGUUAAAUCGUCAUUCCUCAAUGGCAGACUAUUCGACGUGGCCUUUGCCAGGAUAUUCCAGUGCGAGAGGCGACACUGCAGAGACCAACGUGCAUACUUCAACUUGAAGUCGUGGGAAGACAAGGACCGUGCCCUCGAAUCGCGUCUUGUCUUCGAUAUGGAUGGCAACGGCAUAAGCGGGCGCUACUACAAGUUCCUAGCUUCGCGAUCGGUGCCACUGAAGCAGACGAUGCUGCGUGAGUGGCAUGAUGAGCGGCUCGUGCCGUGGUUUCAUUACAUACCAGUCAGCCAGAGCAUGGAGGAGCUCCCCGAGCUGGUUUUCCAUCUUACAUCCACAGAAGCAGGGCAAAGGGCGGCUAGAGAGAUAGCUGAGCAGGGUCGGAACUGGUUUAGCAAGGCAUUCAGGGAUGUUGAUCGGACUAUCUAUAUGUAUCGGCUGCUGCUAGAGCUGGCGAGACUGCAGGAUCCGAAAAGAAAAGCGCAUGCUGAUGCUCGAAGAUGA